ACUUGAGUUUCACUUUUACGUGCGUGCUGAAUUCCGAUAACGAUGGGUUACUGGGGGGAGUUAAGAGCCUGGCUCCUGAGAGAUCCUGCUAAACUCAUACGCUACCUCGUACUCUUCGUCUGUUGCAUCGUGGUUAUUGUACAGCUAUACGAGUGCUUCUCCAAGUUAUCGCAUCCUCCCAUAUCAACGCACUCGUAUUACAAUGUUAAUGAAACUAUUGAAAUGCCUGCGAUUACCAUUUGUCGUGAACCACCUUAUAAAGAAGAAGUUUUAGAAACUCUGUCAAAUGGUAACUGUCCGCAUCCCGGAUUCGCCACCUGUUGGAUGAACUAUCCAUAUGGUGAAUUACCUCUCGAAGAGUUCUUUAUGAACGGCACAUUCAACCUGGACGAGACUUUUUAUUCAUAUGGAUUGAAUGGAGAACCGAGUAAUGUUGAUAUCGACAGCAGCUUGCACUUCUACAUGGGACGGUGCUUCACUCUGCGUCCAAAGAUUGCCAUGAAACGGGUCUCCAAGCAGGUGGGCUACUCCCUGAUAUUAGAACACAAUUUAGUUCAAUCCACGAGCAGUGUAGAUUUAAUCUAUGGAGCAGGUUGGCAUAUUUUCAUACACGACAAACGCGAAAACUUUACGGAGAUCAAUAUGAAGGGCUCCGGACGUGUGGAGUAUGUUUUUGUGAAUAUUAGAGAAGAGAUUGAAAUUAAGCUACAAAGUCAGUUCUUUUCAAAUGUGGAAACGCGGGAACAAGAGUGCUCUAGAAAAGAGGGAUACAGUGAUCUAAAGUGUGGCGAGAUUUGCAUUUGGAAAGAUCUGGCGGAAGAGGCGAACUGUUCAGGACCUUGGAUGCAUGAUAUCGAGCAGGAACCCUGCAAUGAUAAUGCAUCCAUGCGCAAUCUUAUUGAGGAUUACCAUGCGGUAUACGAUGGCGAUGACGACUUCAAUUGCAACUGUUUACAGCCCUGUGAAUCGCGAAUUUAUACCACCUAUAUACAGAGCCGAAAGACCUUCGCACAACCGGAACCACGAACCCUCAUCUUUAUAUACUACACAACCAAACUGAUAUCGCAGAUGAUUGAGGAACGGCCCAGCUACGAUACAACACAGUUUAUAGCCGAUGUUGGUGGUUCACUGGGCUUUUUGCUUGGACUCUCCGUGCUGGGACUUAUUGGCAUACUGGAACAUUUAACUUUGUUCUUCUGUGGAGAUUGCAUUAAGCGACUGCAGAAGAAGAAUGAGAAACGUGCUCGGUCCGAGAGUCCGGAGGAUGUACAAUCGCAGGCCAGUGAUGAGACUGUUGAUGUGAACUCUGUUUACAUUGUGGACAGCGAGAAGCUGGACAAAUAUUGAUAGCCAACUGGAUUGGCUUGCAGUUAGUUAAGAUUUCAGCUUGUAUCUUAAUAAAAUUCUUAUAUUUAUUCAACAUUA